AUGAGACUAUCCAAGAGAUUAAUUUCCUUCUUCCUCCCCUCUCUGGCCAUCCUUCUCCAGCCAUCCCCGGUCUCCUCGCUCUGCUACUACCCCAACGGCACCGCUGACGACAACUACCAACCAUGCAACAAUGUCAAAGGCGUCAACAGCAUGUGCUGCGCACUAGAUCGCCCCAACGCCUCCGGCGGGCCAGAUUCCAAGGGCUGGACGGCGGACAUCUGUCUGGAGAACGGACUGUGCCAGAAUAUCGUGCAGCGGAUGAGCACAGGCCAGAUGGUCUACACCUACUGGCGGACUCUGUGCACCAGCACGGACUGGUCGACGAAUGGGUGUCUGAAUGUUUGUACUGGGGGCGAGGUAUUCAUCUUCCUUGCGGAGGUAUUGGCAGCAGCAUCGAUUAAUGGCUAUUGGCUAGAUCUAUCCGGGGCAUACUGUCCCGCUCACGCCGUGCGAGAAUACACCCGAGUCGAAGACCUGGUGCUGUGGGCAGAAUAA